AGGCGGUUUUGGGGGACUGCGAAGGGGUGCCAGCCUUGCUAGGUGUCCCCGGGCUCUCGGUGUGGGGAAAGCGCUGACAGGCUGCUCCAUCUCCGCGCUCGCUCGCCUGCCUCCGCGCCCGCGCGCCCUCGCUCGCCCGCCCGCCCGCUCCGCGCAGGGACCCCGAGAGGCGAGGCGGCGGCGGCGGCAGCGGCCCGUGCACUGGCUCGGGCGACGCCCCCCCUCCGGCGGAUUUCGGUUCCUUUCCUCCCUCGGCUCGCUGCUAGCCCCUUCCUGGGCACAUGGCCCCGCAGGAGGAUAUUUCUAUUUUCAGCCCCUGCUCGCCAAUCUCUCUGGGGCUCCUUUGUUUAAAUGCAGAUUUCGAUUGAACGCGGACGGUGCAUGAAACCUGGCGCUGCCUGGGUCAGGGGACGGCGGCUGCCUCGCCAAGAAGCGCCUCGCAGGGGGUUUCAGGAGCCCCGCAGAGCACCCAUCUUAUAGGGAUGGGUCCCCCCCGAGGGGGAGAUCCCGCCGGGGGGCUCUUUUCGCUCAGGAGGGCUCUCCGAGGAAUUUUAUUAACUUAAGUUUGGCAGACCCCAGUGUGGGACUGGAUGGCUCGUAAGAUGGCGGUUCUCGCUCAGCUUGCAGUUGGGCGCUUUUUCUCAUGUGUGCGUAAAAUGUUAAAGUUUCUGCGCUUUGGGGACGGGAGGGCAAAGCUGAGAAAUUAACUUCGGGGGCACAGAGGUUUUUGCGUUAAUGGGAGUUUGCCAUGUGCAGACGGAAGAGAUUUGGGGAAGCUGAGGGGAUGGAACUUGCAGGAUCUUCCAGCGCGGCUUUCUUUUUAUCUAACUGGUUUUCUAGCCCCUUGUCCCUCAGUCCUUCCAAGCUGGGUCAAGGCAAGUUUAGUGGCAACGACUUGCUAGUAAGCGAGGUGUGAAGGUUUUGCUCCUAGCGCGAGAAACAGAACACACGUCCACCUAACCUAGCUUGGCCUAACCUAGCUUGACAGGAUAGUCCUGGCAAAAAGAGUUCAGCUCUUGCUGGUUGCACGUUUGGAAGGAAAUAAGUCGGUGCCAUCACAUCCUACGGGUAAAAUCCCCCUUUGCCCCCAAACCUGGGAGAGAUAGACAUGUGGUCAGAACACCUCCAUGGCGUUCGUUGAACCUCUAACAUUUUUAUUGCCUCCAGAACUGAGGAGCACAAGACGCAGCUAAGUACUGGGGGAGAGUUUGUUUGGAAAAGACCCUCCAAGGACGAGGAACAGGCUCUGGAAAUAUAAUAUGGGGCGGGAGGAGAAUGGGAUGCGUUCGUAUGUGUAAGGGAAUACUUUUGCUGGAAGUUGGCGGAUUCUGCGUGUAGCCUCUUAACCUUUAACAAGUUUGGACACCGUGCUGGCUGGGAAGGAACGAGAUUUUGUGGUAGCAAGAGACCAGCUGGAGAUUCCCAUUUGUUACUUUUAGGACCUUGGCUCUAAAGGAGGAGGAUUUCUGCCACUCAGCACAUUAAUUUCUUCCCUGGAAGCCGCUUCCCUCCUGCACUUAAAGAUGGAUUUCAGCCAGAUAUUGGGAAGAGGGAGCACGUAUCUUAUUAGCAACACAUGUGGGCAUACAUGCCUUCCAGAAUCGGUUUUCAAUCGAUUGAUUGAUCGCCAUCAGGAUUUAGGUCUGUUGUAAGAAUUCUAAGGUCUCAAAUACAUGGCAGGUGAAGGAAGGGCUAUCUGCCUGUGUGGCUGUUGGUACAAAGGGUGCAGCUCUGCUCCAUCGAGGCUUACCUGGUCUUUGGGUCGACUCCGCUCCCUUUUCAGCUGCCGGCGCAGAUGCUUUGUGAUCAUUCACAGGGUGCCGUGAGCCUUCAUAGCUAGGGCUUGCCCCUGUAUUUUGAGGUAACCCGAGCAUGGCCUCCAAGCUGGCUGUCAUAGCAAGCUUCCCCUUCCCCUUGUUUGCACUGUUGAAGACGUGCCUGGUGAAAGAGAGAGCGCCUGGAAUAAAAUAUAUUCGCUCGUGUUAAAGGUCAGCGUUUCUUGACUGUAUGCACGCCGAUCUUAACAUAAGAAGGGGGCGGGGAAUGAGAAGUUGAAGCUCCCCUCCUGGAGAAGGUGGCGCGUUUGGGAGUGAAAUGCUAUUUAUGUUUACGGGCGCAGUGCAAACUGUGUGUGAACAGAAAGGGGGGUUCGUGUGCGCACGUGUGUGCUGGCUGGCGUCUUUUGCUGUUGUUCUUCGGUUCAGUUUGCUGGUUUUCAGACCCCGGAUUUCAGAGAUAGCUUCGACCAUGCCCUGGGGAAGAAGGCUAACUUGGGUCAUAAAUAAUAUGCGGCUAAGGGAAAGAGCUUCGACCAGGCAAGCUUCACGGCUGUUGGGAGUUUUCUUUCAGUUAGGGAGUCUUUUGUGAAAUAAAACAUGUUCCUCCUCUCUUCCGAAAGAUUGGGCUGCUUCAGUGGGUCUCAAUGCUGGAGAAGAAUUGUAAGGCGGCCGAUUAAAACAGCCAGCUACUUGCCCCAGUUGUGAGAUAUUUAGGGUUUCCUUCACGAAUAAAAUGAGGGCAGGAGAGACUGGUUGAGGUUACCUCAAGAAGGAGUCUUCCUUCUGGCUGAGGGCAUGGAAGAAAAUCGCGGGCAAGAAGCCAAGAGCCGAGGCUAGCGAGAUUCAAAAACUCCAGGCUGCUCCUUUGUUGAUACUGUUGGAAAGAUCUUGGAAAAUCCGCACACAAUGCAUGGGAGCGCCCAGCCUCGCUGCCACCCUCGAGUUUAAGGCCAAGGCUAGCGCCUCUGCCCCGGGCCUUCUUCCCCUUGGGGAAUUGCGUGUUUGUGUGUGUGUGUGAAAGAGAAACAUUUCCCCCCUGGUACAGCGUUUGCUUCCCUCUCCCCAGAGAAGGAGCUGCUUGCUUGCUCAGGUUGUCUGUCUCUGCUGCUGCCAGUCCCAUCUCCUCCUUCCUACGCGCACCACGAGGGCUUUUGCUCUUUCCUUGGACAAGUUCGGCUGGGAUUGCGGGCUCCUUGCAGGGAAGGUUUUCGCCUUGAUUGCGAGGGCAUCUGCUGAGAUCCAGGGACUUUAACCUGGGCUCCGGGGCGGCAGGCGUCUUUCCCUCCUGCCCGGCUGUCUCUGGAGCUGGUGGCACCGUAAAUUGCUCUAGUUCAGCAACCUCUGGAAAUGACACUCCGGCCGCUGUGCUGGUCUGGGACGAGGUGUGGAUUGAGAUGCUUGGCUGGGGUGCCGCCCGUCCCCGCCAGAGACGGUCCAACUUUGAGCCCAGUCCCGGCGCAGACACGGCUCGUUGGAGAUGGCAGGAAACCGGAGGCUGAGCUGCUGCCGCUUCCUUGCCCGGGCUGAGUCGACGUGGAUGGAGGCCCCUGCGAGGAGCUGCCGAAAGGGCCGGGAGGAGCCUCUCUACUCGGCCUGGCGCACACCCCGGCGCUGGCUCAGGCCGCCCCAGAGGCCUCCCCCUCCAGCGCCACUGUUGGCCUCCUGCCCGGCCCCUCGGCGGCGGAGGGGAAGGAGAGGAAAGGACCCCCUUUCCCGGCCCCCGCCACGCCCCCUGCGCCUUUUCCUGAAGCUGCACCCCGCCCCCCCAUACACACACCCGUGUCCUCUUCUGCCCACCCCCCUCCCCUCCUGUGUGCGGCACACCUAGACCCUCGCUGCUCGCAGGACUCUCUCGGGCCACCUUCCUGGGCGCACUUUCUCUCCCUCUUUCCUGCCUACCUUUCUCCGCCACCCCCUUCUAUUCCCUCUUUCUCUCCCCCCUCCCCCUCCUCCUGGUGCUGCGCUCCGGGCGGUGGCAGGAUGCCAAGUGUAAGUGUAAGUUGCUAUAGCAACCCCCUCCAUAGCGCGGUUCCGAAGGCGCCGCCGUCCCGAGCCUGUUGGGCUGGCGGCAGCGAGGCAAGCGGAGCCAGGCGACGCGGGAGAAGCGGCGGCGGCAGAGCACAGUUCCGCCGCGGCCCGGUCCUCUCCUGCCCGCUUCACCUUGCCCAGCCUCGCCAAUGCCCAACGGCCCUGGUGCCAAGAGCUGCAAAAAUGCAUCGCACCACCCGCAUCAAAAUCACGGAGCUAAACCCCCACCUCAUGUGCGUGCUCUGCGGAGGGUACUUCAUCGAUGCGACCACCAUCAUCGAGUGUCUGCACUCCUUUUGUAAGACGUGUAUCGUGCGCUACUUGGAGACCAGCAAGUAUUGCCCUAUUUGCGAUGUCCAAGUUCACAAAACCAGACCCCUUUUAAAUAUAAGAUCUGAUAAAACUCUCCAAGACAUUGUCUACAAGUUAGUGCCAGGCCUUUUCAAAAAUGAAAUGAAAAGAAGAAGAGACUUUUACGCUGCUCAUCCGUCUGCUGAUGCUGCCAAUGGCUCUAAUGAAGACAGGGGCGAAGUUGCAGAUGAAGACAAAAGGAUUAUAACAGAUGAUGAGAUAAUAAGCUUAUCCAUAGAGUUCUUUGACCAAAAUAGACUGGAACGGAAAGGAAAUAAAGAGAAAGAGAAACCCAAAGAGGAGGUGAAUGACAAAAGAUAUUUGCGCUGCCCUGCAGCUAUGACUGUAAUGCAUCUGAGGAAGUUUCUCAGGAGCAAAAUGGACAUACCCAAUACUUUUCAGAUCGACGUCAUGUAUGAAGAGGAGCCCUUGAAGGACUACUACACGCUCAUGGAUAUUGCCUAUAUUUACACUUGGAGAAGGAACGGCCCCCUCCCUUUGAAGUACCGGGUGCGACCAACUUGCAAGAGGAUGAAGAUCGGCUGCCACCAGCAGGAUGGGCUGAACCACAGCGGGGAGCUGGAAAGUGACUCUGGGAGCGAGAAGGCGAGCAGCCCUGCGGGAGGCGGCACCCCGUCCACUUCCUCCUGCUUGCUCAGCCCCGGCACCCCGGUGCAGUCCCCGCACCCCCAGUUCCCUCACAUCUCUAGUACUAUGAACGGAACCAGCGGCAGCAACCACCACUCCUCCUCCUCCUUCAGCAACAGAGCCAGGAAAGCCUCCGUCAACGGCUCUUCUGCCACGUCUUCGGGUUGACGCGUCGAGCGCCUCUGGGACUCCGAAAGCUCCACCGUCUCUUUUAGAGCCGCUCUGUCCUGUCCUUCUCCUUCUCUCCGUGCCACUCAGCUUUAUAGAUGCUAUUCCCUCGUGUGACUGUCCUCCGAAUUGCUUUAAGAAGUGAGAGGAAUGAUAAGCGGAAUCUCCCACACGAACCUUAGAUAUGGGAACUUUUGGAUAUUAAAACGAACCUUGGAUGUUGUUAAAACAGGGGGACUUGAGCUAUGAGCGUCUCCUAUGGACCGUGGAUUUAAAAAGAGGAGGAGGAGGAGGAGAGGUGUUUCUUAAGGACUAGCAACGCGAAACAAGGUAUAAACCCGGAUGAACUAUAGAGGAAGAGGCAUGUUUUUUUUGUUUUGUUUUUGCCACAUCCUUCGUGGUUUGGACGGGAUUCUCUGGAAAAUGGAUGCAUAUCAAUAAUGGGAUCUAGUUUUUGCUAAUCCAGCCUAACUUCUACGUUUAAGAUCUCCUCCGUUGUCAAUCGUUAUUUCACUGUUUUGUAAAACUGCAGAAAGCAAGUGGAUUUCCCCGCCACCCCACAUCUUAAUAUUCCUCAACAAAACCGGAUUGGAGAAAAAAUGCAUAGAAGAACUAUGCAUCUAUGUAGCCAUGUCACUGUGAACAACAAUUUCCUGCUUUAUUAGCCAGUUUUAUUUUAUUUUCUUUAAAAAUGUGUUUCACCCAUAUCUUGCCUACUGCAGCACAGAAAGGAUUUAAGAACUGGGGGAAGGGGGGGAAGGGGGGCGAGAAAAGAAAAACCACAGAACAAGAAAAAAAUAUAUUAUUUCACGUUUUACAACCUGUAUGCCUGAAGGCGAGUAUUGCCCUUUAUUUCACUGGCUUGUUUAAAGACGGAAAAACAAACGAGGGGGGGGGUCACACUUUUUGGAGGGUAAGAAUCAGGUGGCAUUUUGCAUUUGUGCAACAUUGCCAUGUUCUUAUUUGACAAAUCAGGAAGCAGUAUUGUAUGAUAUAUUUAUAAAUAUUAUAAAGAGAAUAUUGUGUUUCUCGCACUCUCGACGCGGUGGUUCCGUUUCCCUGGCUAGUUCGACCCUUGGUGACGCCUCUUCUUAGCUCCUUGCUGAGGAAGCAAAUACCAGCUUUUCCCCCUAGUGACGCUUGAAGGCUGCAGGGUCGCAGGGAGCAAGCUCAAACCGCGGUUAACCCGGAAGCAAUUGGCCAUCUCGAACGGGUUUUAAGGGCUUUGUCCUGUUCCAAGUAAUACUGUAUUUCAUUUCAUUUAUUACUUUUUACAUAAUGUGAUUUAUUGUUCCAACGGUGCAGUGGGAAAGGAUUCAGGAGAGCAAGAGUCGACGCCAGGAAAACGAGGGCGCAUUAACUAUUUCAUUAAAUUUUAUUAUUUGGUGUGAUGGGUUUGUGUUUCCACCUUUGAAAUAUAUUUAAAAAGCACAGGAAAUCACACAAGAAGCCAUAAGAUAUGCGGGAAUCUAUUUGAUUAAGUUGUUCUUUCUUAAGAAAUCAGCAAGUUGCUGGAUGAAGGCUUUUAGUCUAAAUUUGUUUUAAUAUAUAUAUAUAUAUCUGUAUGUAUGUAUAUGGUACAGUACUAAUUUGGUUAAAAAUGAACAGGUACUCUGAUAUUUCCAAUAAGCUGCGGGGAAUCCCUUCUCAAGGCUGGCCUCUGAAGGCGUUGCGUUUGGGAAAAGAAGGACUGUUUAAAAAGUUAAGCGUUGUGAAGAGCCCCCUAAUACUUUUCAGUUUGUGCUUUGCUUUUGGUCAAACUUGUGUGUGCGCGUGUGUGUGUUCUUCACUCACCAGUUACGCAUUCGUGAGGGUGGUUAUCCUAUAUGACUAUUGUUUUCAUGUUUGUACGGGGAAAUUGUAGCUAAACAUUUCAUUGUCUCCAGUCUGCGAAAGAAGCACAAAUUCUAUUGCUUUGUCUUGCUUACGGUCAUUAAAUCAUUACUUUUGCAUA